GCUAACCGACAGCUAACAGACUAUAGACGUACACACAGUCUAUAGAUUGUUAUUAUUAGACGGUUUGUAGUUCAGUUUUAUCCCCGCAGGACACAGCAGCUGCUGAGCACCAGUGAUUUUGGACUUAAUCAUUCAUAAAUAUGAUGGAGGAUUUCUCUGGUUUGGCUCUGCCUCCUCUGUUUGGAGGACACAUCCUGGAGGCGGAGCUGGAGCCUGGUGGUGUGGAGCUGGGACCAGGAGAGGUGGAGCUGGGCCCGGGAGGCAAUGAGCUGCUGGAGAGUACAGCACAGGAGGAUGAAGAGAGGAGAGCUCUCGAUAAGAGGAAAUAUCUGGCUCUGAACAGGAGAUGUAAAGAAAUUGAACAGGUGAAUCAGAAGAUUCUUGGUCGCCUUCAUCAAGUACAAAGAAUAACACGGCGCUUGAAGAAGGAGAGACGGUUUCUCAUGAAGACUUUAGAUGCUCAUGGGGACGACUACAGAAACGCCCAGCUCACCAUACUUCUAGAGGAUGAGCCUGGAGCUCAUUUUGAUCCUGCUGCUGCUGGAGUGGAGGAUGAACGGCUCAACGGUGUCUCUGGCUCCACUUUGCCUGCAGCAAUGCAUCAUGUUGCUGGACCAAAGAGGAGGAGGCACCGAAUUCAACGGCAAGAGAAGGAUAAAGACCAACAGACUGAACCAGACAUGUCAGUGUUGGCAGAGACACAGUUUGGAGAAAUGCCCAGCCCAACCUCUCUGUCUCACUGAUCAUUGCACUGCAGCCCUGGAAAUGACAUUGAUGAAGGAGCACCCAGUUUCUCUCAUGUUCAGUAGAUACUCUGCCUCUGUUCAGCCAGGUGUUGCACUAUUUGUAGUUUUACUUGAACAUUGUAAACACAUUUAAUAAAUGUAAGAUCAAUUAUUCACCUGGUACAUAAUGUAUAUACAUUUGUUUUGUAUAUUAAAUCAUUUCUGUUGUCAUAUUUUGUACUUAGAGUUAAUGGCAACACAUAAUUAUGACUGACUGUGCAAACUAUCGUGGACAGCCUUGUUUGGUAAAUAUCUGGCAACCUAGAUACAAUUAUUGCCAGGUUGCAAACCUGUGUUAUAAGUGGCUUAACAAUACAUUCCUGGAUACUAUCAGUGAUUUAAUGGUUUAUGAUUUUAUUUUAGUAACUGCUGAAAUAAACUGUCUGACUGUUUUAUGA